UUAUAUAUUUUAUUUAUUCCUCUGCAGAUCAGAAACCGAGACUAAGCGUCAGUCGUGAUGAUCAGUUUGAUGAAUUCAGAUUUUUAUGUGAAAUAUCAGGGUCAGAGUCAGUAACUGCUGAUUUUAGCUGUAAUCUCUACACUGGAGAAAAUCCUCAGCUUUUCCUAAACCAAAGAUCUCAAAAGAGAAAAUCUGGGAAGGUUUGUAGAUUUAAAGCACAGAGAGACGCUGUGUUUAAUCGUCUGCAGUCAGUAAAGAGUCGUGAAGUGAGCUGUGAUUAUUCACUGAUCUCUGACCCGACUGCUCGCUCUCUAAUGAGUGAUAAAUACAACAUGAUACAUUUCUUUACAACAACAACAACAACAGCAACAACAACAACAACAGCAACAACAACAAUAACAACAACAACAACAACGACGAGUGAUAAAUACAACAUGACACGUUUCUUUCCUACACCAACACAGCCGUCCAUCACUGCUGAGAAAUCCACUGCAUAUUCCUCUUCUGAAUCAACACCGCAGUCCAUCACUACACAGAAAUCCACUGCAGGAUCGCUGCCUACCGUACUGUCAGUCACCGGUGUGUGUGUUUUACUGGCUGGACUGAUGAGCUUCUGUCUCUGCGUGUGUAGCAGUAAGUCUUUAACUUCAUCUUUUAGCAAAAUCUUGAUUGUGUUGAUAAUUAUGACAUGACUGAACGUGUUUUUGUUUCUUAGACAAGCAGAAGACUGAGAGGUUAGAAAUUUAUUGUGUUCAGCUGAACUGCGUAUUAUUAAAUCCUGAUUUUAUCACAUCUAAGCAUCUAAUAGCCGUGUAUAUCUGUGUGGAUUAUCUUCAGCAGAUGUAAAUUGAACACGACCCACCGUGAUCAGGGUACAUUUAUCACUUUCUUACCAAGCUGGAAAAGUCCAAAAGCCAUAAACGACAAUUUAACUAAGCACACGUCCACUGAGUUUAAGUAGAUUUAAAAGUAUUGUUUUUUGUUUUUUUCAGGAGUCAUGAUGUCCGUGCUCAAUAUGAAUAAUGUGAGUAGCAUUUCUGUCUUAUGAAUAAUAAAUUGUAACUCACUAUCAGUUUCAGUUAAUGCAAUGUUAAGGACUGAAGAAUAAGAAAGUCUAACAGACUUUUUCCUGAUGUUUAGUCCGGCUCAGAAGCUGCUGAAACUUAUUCUGUGAUCAGCUCAGUACCCUUACCGUCCCUGCCUUUAGGUAAAUUAUACAGUACAAACUCACACACAUAACAUCACUUACUUAAUAGUGCUUUACAAUAAACACACAACACAAGCACUAAGAGGUAAAGAGUAGAAAGAAAUUGGGUUAAAACUACCCCAAACAUCCAGUGACUUACAGUGAAUCCGGGAAGUAUUCACAGCGCUUCACUUUCCCCACGUUUUGUUAUGUUACAGCCUUAUUCCAAAAUGGAUUCAAUUCAUUAUUUUCCUCAAAAUUCUACAAACAAUACCCCAUAAUGACAACGUGAAAGAAGUUUGUUUGAAAUCUUUGCAAAUGUAUUAAAAAUAAAAAACAAAAAAAGCACAUGUACAUAAGUAUUCACAGCCUUUGUCAUGACAUUCAAAAUUGAGCUCAGGCGCAUCCUGUUUCCACUGAUCAUCCUUGAGAUGUUUCUACAACUCUACUGGAGUCCACCUGUGGUAAAUUUAGUUGAUUGGACAUUAUUUGGAAAGGCACACACCUGUCUAUAUAAGGUCCCACAGUUAACACUGCAUGUCAGAGCACAAACCAAGCCACGAAGUCCAAGGAAUUAUCUGUAGACCUCCGAGACAGGAUUGUAUGGAGGCACAGAUCUGGGGAAGGGUACAGAAACAUUUCUGCAGCAUUGAAGGUCUCAAUGAGCACAGCGGCCUCCAUCAUCUAUAAAUGGAAGAAGUCUGGAACCAGCAGGACUCUUCCUAGAGCUGGCCGCCCGGCCAAACUGAGCGACCGGGAGAGA